UUACAAUAUGUGUGGGACUGGUUAGCGUGACAACCCCUAAGGGGGUUGUCAAUCUCGCUUCCCCCUUAAGUGUCGUCCGUCCUUCUAAUCCUCAAUUCUACGAUUCGAAAUGGGCAGGGUCAAAUAAGAGAAAUCCCACACUGGAUUGUGCUCCCCCUAAUUCGCUGACGUCUACCUUUUUUUGAAAAAGCAAAGAAAUCGGUGGGGGAGAGAAAUUAGCCACCCUCCCCGCCGAACCUUUCGUCUCCCCGCUUGUUCGUUCCUCCCCCAAAAUCUAUUUUCCUCCGUCUUCUCCCAACAUCACAAAAACUCCCCUUCUACAGUCUUGGAUAGUUUUUGGUUGUGGGUCUUGGUAGUUUCGCGUCCGGCGAAUACUUUCUUGGUUAGGGCAAAGGUAAGGUAAUUCAUGUAUGAUCAAAAACUUUUUGCAUGGUUAUUUGCGAUCGGUCUCCAUUGAUGCUUGGUUUGAAAUUUUGGUUUGCUAACCUAGUUUUGAUCUCCUUCUUUUUAAUGGCGGAGGCGAACCUCCUUCCGCCAUUCUGAUUUCUGCGUCCGUGAAGACAAUCAGCGGUGAGCUUUCUUUCCCCUUCUGGUUUUUGUUUUUCGGAUUCAACGUUGGAGUAAGCCACAUGCAAGCCUGUCUUUGUUGUUUGAUGUUUUUGUUUGUUGUUGGUAUGAUCCACAGGUAGUAUUAAGAAUAGUACCAAUGCAGAGGUAGUUUUGUAUUGGUACUAGUUUGAUUCGUUUUGGUCUGAUUUUCUGGUACUUUUUUCUGUACCAGUACCAUUAAUUUGGUACCACUAAUUGUCCCAACAUGUAGAAGUAGUACUGGUGCUUUUGUUUGUUGUUGGUAUGAUCUACCAGUACUAUUAAGAUUUGUACCUAUGCUACAGAUAGUUGUGGUACUGGUACGAGCUAGAUUCGUUUGUGGUAAGAUUUUAUGGUACUCUUCUUUUGGUAUCAGUACCACUGAUUUGGUAUCACUAAUUGUCCCAAUAUGUUGAAGUGAUACUGUGGUUUUCUUUUGGUACUGGUGUUUUUUAUUGGUACCACUAAUUGUCCCAAUAUGUAGAAGUGAUACUGGUGUUUUCUUUUGGUACUUUUCUAUUGGUACUGGUUUUUUCUAUUGGUACCACUAAUUGUCCCAAUAUGUAGAAGUAGUACUGGUGCUUUCUUUUGGUAUGAUUUUCGGGUACUUUUCUAUUGGUACUUUCCUAUUGGAACCAGUAGUAGUAUUGUACCAGCAGCAUUGUACAUUGCAGUAGUACUUCUAGUGAUACAAUCGGCUUGUGUUGUUGCAACAAUGGCCAGAACAAAGAUCCCAGCUAUAGCCUCCCAUGUAACACAACCACCUUAUGCAGGACUGGCCAAAACAAAGAUACCAGCUACAACAUCUGCGAAAAACAAACAACCUGCUGGUUAUGUUUCUCGGCAGGUAGCAGUCCACUUGGGGGAAUCUAGUGAUUCUGGUGUUGGGCCUAUUAAGAAACGGUUACGUGAUGAGGUAGCCAAGAGUUUCAGGAAGGAGAAGAAGCAACGGACUGCGUGAGGACAACCUUCACUGUUAACCGGAACAGGAGCUAUACCAACCAACGGCAAUCUGUAUAUACUGUUGGUGUGGUUCCUUGAUAGGACGGUAGACAGCUUGCAGCUUACAUUAGGUAUGCUCAAAUGGUCCAGAAAGCCAUUGAAGACCCGAGGAAAUUACUGGUAAAGCUACUGAUAUGCAAGAGGCACUACUACUUGGAUAUACCCAGGUGUCACAACAGUAGUAGGAAGAUUAGUUCAUGUAUGUUUGUAACUAUGAACAAGUUUGUUGUGGUGUUUGUUUGCUUUAAUUUGAUCUUGGACAAAGUAUUGUUCCUUACAUUGGCACAAGGGUUUUUUUGUUGGAUUGUGAGAAUUAAGUACCUUAUUACUAGUUAUUUUAAAUACAAAUUUGGGCACAUGAACCAGCACGUUGUUAUUACUAGAAUUAAGUACCUUGCAUUAGCACAAAUGAACCAUCACGUUUUGCUCAUGGAAGAGGCUUUUCGUCAAGAGUUGUUGUAGCAGUUAAGAAGAAAAGGUCAUACUUCCCCGAACCAUUUGUUUUUUACUUUGGAGGUGAGUCCGCCUGGUAGCAGUACAGUUGCAAUGCUAUGGAGUGGUACCAGUACGAAUCAUACUGGUACCAAAUUAGUGGUACUGGUGUCAUUUUUUGGUACUGGUAUUAAAGCAGUGGUACUGGUGCCCAUCUAGCAGUCCUGGUACCAAUAUAGUGGUACUGGUGCCAUUCUAGCGUUACAGGCACCAAAUCAGUGGUACUGGUACCAUCCUAGUGGUACUGGUGCCCUUUUUCACACAACAAUAUUUGUACCAAUAGUAAAACGGUACAAAUGCAAAAGAAGUUGUAACGACACCAGUAAACCCUACUGCCAUUGCUGUCGUCCACACCGUCGUUAACAUCAACGCGAUUGCCGGAAUGCGGCACGAACUCGUUGUUGUUCUCCACGUCGAGUCCACAUUGGACGUUUUCUGUGUUUUUGUACCAUCCAGGAUGAUCUUCGUUCAACGCCUCCUCCACGUCCAAAACGUCGUCAAGGUCCACCAUGCACACAUCGGCGCCAUUCACCGCCGGAUCCGUCUGCUAAAAGUCGCAGUCCUAUAUAUCCUCGUCGUUGAUUGUCAGUGGGACGUUCAGGCCGAACCCAAAUAUACACUUAGAUUUGACUUCUCCCCAUUAACUGGCAUCGUCGUUGCUAAUGUAGUCAUCCAUGGUGGUGGCGGGCGUUGCGUGGCUGGUAUCUUCCAUAGCUAGAUGAGGGGUUUGGUUUGAUGAGGGAGAAGUCAGAAAUGUAAGGGAAAGAGUCACGUCUGUUCCGCUCCCCAAAUCUCGUCCCCUCAAUCACGUUCCCGGAUUCUCUCCACUCAAUUAAUUUUCUGGUUAAAUUAUUAGAAUAUUGUGCUUACUAAAAAGCCCUUCUUGUAAUUCUGGUCGCUAGAUGAAUAAGAAGAACGGACGACAUUGAGGAGGGAAGCGAGAUUGACAACCUCCUUAGGGGUUGUCACGGUAGUCGGCCCCGUAUUGAACGUUUAAUAUAUUUUUACUAUGUGAAGUACUAAAUAAAUGAUAAAAAAGAGAUGGUUCUAUAUUAAUACUACUAUUAAACUAAGAACCAGAGUACUAAUUGAAUUUUAGCUAACUAUGCGUACAUAUUUGUGACAUCCACGUCAACAAGUGUCAACAAAGCACUACGAUGAAAAAGAUCGACUGUUAGAAUUAAUAGUCAACCAAAAAGAUAGUCGAAACAUAUCCAUCAAUUUAAAAUUCAUAAAGAAAAUAAAUUUCAUAAAUUCUAGUCCAAAAUUAUCCAUAAAUGAUACCAACUGGAUCCGAAUUCUAGGCACAACAAAGCGCGACAACAAAUCUAAUUUCUAUAAAGAAAACCUUGACAUUGUCGCUCUUCUUUUCAUCGAAUUGAUGUCUGGAACUGGAGUGGGAAUGCUCCAUUUCCGGUAUCUCCUUUCUUCGUAGUAGCUGAAGAAUCUCAGCUUGUCCAAUCUCCAAGAUUUGGAGUCGCCCAGUAAUCUCCAUGAAGUUACCUUCCAAUAGUCGGACAUCACCGUGCAAGGUUUGUUUAACAGCCUCUUAACGGCUUUGGAGGGUGUCUUCAGUGGCGGAGGCAGCAUUUCAAACCACCUCUGUCCUCUUUUCAUAACUUAAAUAUAUAAGUAUCUGAUAAAAGAAUUAUUUAAUAAAAAAUAAUUAUAUCCAAAUAAUUCAUUCAUAAAUUAAAAAUAAUCAAUUAUACUAUCAUACUUUUCAUAGACAACUAUGGAGGAAUUUCAUAUAGUGAAAGAAGCACAAAAACAUUCGUUGUCUACACUAUUAUAUAAGUCUCUUUCAAUGUAUCUUACUAAACAAGUAUUAGCAAACUGGUCGCCGAAUCGAUUUAGGAACUUAUUCUUAAUAUAACUCAAAGCUGAAAAUGCUCUUUUUACACUUGCCGUUGUAAUUGGUAGAUCAAAACUAGUGGGAUUGCCAUUGUCGCUAGACAAUUUCAGGGUUGUUGGGGAUAGAUCGAAUAGGCAUAAGGAGAAAAGAGACUCGAUUAGUUCUUUUAUUGCAAUUGGAAUUUCGUUUAUUAUAUAAUAAAUUAAUUUUAUGUCAAUUUUGGACAAGUAAUGAGUUUGUUGUAGUGACAAAAUACUCUAAUACUACCUAUACGUGUUGUGUUCCAUCACUAAUAUAAAUAUAUAUGGCGUAUUUUUGUUCCACCAAAAUGUACCCCUGUCCCGGGACUAGGCCAGCCAAAAGACCCUGCCUCCGCCACUGGGUGCCUUCCAAGAUUUCAAUAUUCUCUUUGGUGGCAGCUUCCGCUACACGGGUGGUGGUUGCCGGGUGGAUUCGUCAUUGUCUCUGAUACCAGAUGUUGGUACCGUUGUAUAAACAAUGUAAUUUGUUCUUUUUCUGGCGAGAACUAACCAAUUUGGGAAACUCACGUUUAAUGAUAAUUCACUACCCUUUCUUAUUCAUUUAGACUCCUUUAAAUAGGAGGAAUGAUCCUAAUGCAUAUGGGUGUUAGAGAUCCCCACCAAUCUUAUAAUAUUUCCAAAUCAAAACAAUCAAAUCUCCUACAAUCACUCAAGGUGAUCCGAGUCUAGUAACCAACAAUGAAACAAACACAUCUAAGGGAAAUAAAUCCGAGAUAACGAAAAAUUGACUAGCUACGUCCUACUUAGAAGAAAAUUUGAGACUCCUAGUGACAUUUAGCCACGCAAGGACUUGCAUGGACUUCAUGACCCAGAUGCAAAUUUACCUUCAAGGCCCGAUUUUAUCGUCAAUAUUCCUCCAAAGUUUCAUUUCUUCAUUUGGCAUUGUCUCAUGGUUAUCCUUUGCACUCUAUAUGCUCUCAGAUCUCGAGGAGUGAAUUUCCAUGUCUGUUAUCACGUUUGCUGGAAGCGCCGAGAAAUCAUUGAACAUCUUUCCAUUAGAUGUCCCCUAAUGAUCAGUCUCUGGUCUCUAGCGGGUUUAGAAGAAAAUCUUCAUUCAGCCCCAAUAUUCCAUUUUAGUCUCUAUCUUUUCAUUAGAUGUCCCCUAGCGAUUAGUCUCUGGUCUCUAGCGGGUUUAGAACAAAAUCUUCAUUCAACCCCAAUAUUCCAUUUUAGUCUCUAUUGGCGGUGGUUUUCGAGUUCACUGAACCACUCGUUCAUGUUCUUGCUGUCAACUUUCCUUUCAAGUCCGAGAAUUUUCCCUAUUAUUCCUUCCCCUUCCUACUGUUGUCUCCCUUCCUCCAACUUGGUGUCCGCCACCUCUGAGAUUCGUGAAGAAUAUUUUUGACGAUGUUGUUCGCCAUGAUAGUUGCUUUUUUUGGAUUGGUUGUUCGGGACUCGAACAGUUACCCACUUUUGGCAACAUGGUUCCUCCACUUUGAGAUUUCCGAUCCCUAUAUUGCAGAGCUUCUUCUAGCUCGAGCAGCCAUUUCCCUAUGACUAGACCGUUAGAUUGCCAAGGUGCUGAUUGAAGAUGACUAUGAGAUUCUCAUUGGGUUAAUACCGUAUUUUGGCCCGAAGUAUUACCAUAUAAUCAACUUUGGCUCGUGGUUUCAGAAAUUAACAUCCUGGCCUCAACUAUCCAGCAUAUAGACUCAAUUGGCCGGACGCGUGCUUUGACCGUCAAUUUGGACGGUCAACAGUCCAACUCACUGCCACGUCAGCACCGAAUAAAUAAAAAAUUCGAAUUUAAAAUUAUUUUUAAUAAAUCAUUAUUAUAAUAAUAAAAUAAAAACCAUGUAAAAAUUAAACAAAAUUGGGACGAGAUUUUGAUAGGAUUCUAUGGUUACUUUUUCCCCCAGAUUUCUGGUUACUAAAACAUACGUUUAUUUAAUCUCUCUCGAUUCAAUUCCCAAUUUCAGCUUCUUCUCUAUCUUUGAAUUACUUUUCCUCUCUCAAUCCCUCAAGAACAAGCUCCUCAAGAAUAAGAACAGAAAAACAACUCUGCAUCUCCCUCUCCCUUUUGUAGAUCUCAGAAUUUCAAAAUUAAGCAAUGGCUGUCAGCACCUCACCAAUCGGAUUCGAAGGAUUCGAGAAGCAUCUCGAGAUAUCCUUCUCGGAGGCGCAGAUUUUCAAGGACCCCAACGGACUUCUACGCGCCUUGACUCGCCCCCAGAUCGACUUGUUCCUCGACGCGGCCAAGUGUUCCAUCGUCUCGAGCCUCUCCAAUGACAAGCUCGACUCGUACGUCCUCUUCGUGUUAACUGGCAGAGUGGGAAGCUUGGACCAGAGCCCAGUGGUGGGUUCGAAGACGGUGAGCCGGUAGUUGGGCCUUGUCGAUACUUGGCAAAGCUGGAGGUUUGGUGGUGCUUCGUCGGUCGAUCCGAGCCUUGAUGAAGACGAAGAGGUUCUGGACGGUGGAGGAGAGCUUUCGGAGGCAGGGAAGUCCGGGAAAUGGAACUCGAAGUUUAGGACUUGCAGACAGCGGCGGAGGAGGGGAAUUGGGGGAAUUUUAGGAGGAAUGGGUUUUGAUUUGUUAAUUAGGGGAAGAGAGUCUCCGAUUGGGGGACUGGGUUUUCGAUCAAAGCAUCAUCUAAAUUCCAAAGGCUUUUUUUGUAAAUUUUUUUCAUUUUUAUCAAAGUUAUUUUAUUAUUAUAAAAUCAUAUAUUAAAA